CUCCCGGUCUAAUUAACAUAUUACCCUUUUAUUAGCAUAGAUUAGGAGACCUUCUGAAGUCAGUCUGCUCUCAAACUCUUGCUACUUUACUUCACACUAUAUAUUUUUCAUACUUAUUUGUUACCCAAGUCUUAUCCUAUGACCACCAUCUACCUAUAAGAGUUCAGUAGAAAUAUUUGAUGCUUUGAGUCCAUAUUAAGAUCUGGUUAGUAUAUAAUACUCACUAAUUAUGUGGUUGUUUCUCCAGAGGGCUAGAAAGCUACAAGGUUGACUUCUAUCCCAAGCCAUUUAUAACUAUGGACUUGCCAGAGGAGAGCCAGUGGGAUGAAACCACUUGCAACUUGGUGGCUUGUCAGCAUCCACAGUGCUGGGCUACUGUCCGCCGCAUUGAGAGGGGCCACCCUCGAAUCCUGGGCUCGUCCUGCAAAACUUCUCUGGAUGUUGACGACAAACUCCCAGUGCUCACCAUUGUAAACCUCUCAGACACCUGCUUCAAGGCCAGGAGACGUCCUCACAGUCAUUUACGAGGACUUACCUUUCCUAAGCCUCACUAUGCAUCGUCUCAGAGUUCAAAGUUUGACUUCAAAUUUCAAGGCAGGCCUCACAAGGAUUUACCUGACAAAGAUUUGAUCAACUAUCCUAAUAGACCUCCCAAAGGAAGUCACAAAUUGAAAAAGCUUCCAGUGCUAAAUUUGAAUGAGACACAAAUUCCUUGUCCUCAAGAUGUUAGCAAUAUGAUUGUAGUCUGGAUCCCAAAAGAAUCAGGGGCGAAUGUGAGUCCAGCUAAGCAGUAUGUUGCUCCAGGCCAGGAUGGAAAGAAGAAAAAAAGAAAGAUAUCUACAGUGUCAUCUGUGGUUCUCUCUAGAAAGCAGAACAGAAAAGCAAAGUUGAGCACUUCAGGGAUAACUGUGCCUCCCCCAUCCCCAGAACAACUUUUUGAGCCACCAAAUUCAGAAUUCGUAUCUUUCUUGAACCAAUUUGGCACAUUACCUCAGGAUCUCCUGAAGGAUCUUUUGUUAGAUGAAGGGGAAAGGUCGCCUUGUCUGGAAACGAAGACACAGUUGGCCAUGGGGAAGAGCCGGCCUGAGAGCGCCGUUUCUGGUCAGAUGUUUUUAUCUGUGCACCGCCUCACCCUGCAAAGACCAUCAUUGAAAUAUCCUGAAUAUUUGAAGAAAUUAUGUUAUAACCGGAAGAUAAGAGAUAGGCUUUCUAGUGCUGCCAGAUAUCCAGGUCUUCGGAAGCAGCAGCAGAGCCAGCAGCAGAAGUCGAAGACACCUUCUAAGAAACCGGAGGCUAAAAAGAAAUCCAUGACUGAUCCAGGGAGCCAGAGCACUGCGCGUAAAUCUUUAGGUCACAGAACUCUAUCACUGGGCCGGAAAAGUGACAGCAAUCAGCAGCCGCAGAUGGAGAAUGGCCCCAUCUUGAAACAGGAUUCCACAGAGAGACCACAGACGGGCUCUGCUGAGGACCACCUGGAUUCCUUCUCCAUUAAGCAGAGUCCUGAAUUAUCCAAGACAGAAUCCACUAUCAAGGACUUUGGUACUCAGAUAGAGGAAGUGCCAGUAGCCCAAGAGGAGACUCCCAAGGACCUUUCAUCCAGUAUAUCUAGAGCAAGUAUGAUAAAAAUACUGAGGAUUUUCCAGUCUGCUGAUGAUGCGGCUGAGGAGAAGAAACUCUCUGGGUUACAGAGUAAAGAGUCUCCAGAGACAUAGGUAGAAGGCGUCACUGGGGCAGACUUAUUCUACAGCAGGAUGCUUAGAAAUCCAAGGACUGUGACCUUGGACAUAGGGCUAAAAGGAGUGGGGACUUCUCCUUGGGACCUUUACCAGGGCCUGAACUUAGGGAUUCUGUGUUCUUCAUUUACCUUUACUUGCCUCUAAAAUAAGUGAGGAGGAAAGAGCUUCACUCCUUUUAAACUUGGAUUGUUUCUCUUAGAUUAGGACCAGAAUAAUUGCAUAAUUAAACAUAGCUGCUGCUUAA